AUCCAGAGCUGGGCAUCCAUCUCUUGGAGAUUGUUGCGGAUCCUCUGCCUCUCCGCGGCCAUUGAUAAGAACCGCGCCGCCGCUACUUGAUAUUCCUUUGAAAUUGGAAUCACUCGAACCCUAACACUAGGUACCGCACGCAAUCCGAGCUUCCGAGCUUCUGAGCUACCCAGUCCAUCCGCCGCCAUUGCAGCUCGGACGAUUGCCAGAUGGCUUCCAUGACGUUGCCCCAAGGGCACGACAUAGCACAUACUGUGACCGAAGAAUACCAGGGAAAGAGCCGAGAACGGGGCAAUUCUGCUGGCACGUUGAACGCUUCCUCCGUUGAAGAAGACGGAGAAAAGGUCGUACACUCGCUGGCCAAAGCCUUCACCCAGCAAUCGGUCAAGAACAGCAACGGAGAGCACGUCAAUCCCUUCGAUGGCUCCGACAACCCCCUCCUCAAUCCCGCCUCGGGCAAGUUUAGCUACAAGGUGUGGACGAAGAACUUGCUAGGCAUUCAGAGCCGUGAUCCUGAGCGAUACCCUGCCAGAGUUGCGGGAGUGGCAUACAAAAAUUUGAACGCCCACGGUUUUGGCGAAGCAACCGAUUAUCAAAAGACCUUUGGAAAUUAUCCUCUCGAGGCCGGCGGUCUGUUCAAAAAAUUAAUUGGAAGAGGACACAAGAGUAAGAUUCAGAUCCUGCGCAAUUUUGAUGGAUUGAUUCGCAGCGGAGAGAUGCUGGUGGUACUGGGGCGACCGGGAAGGUAUGUCUGGAGCAGAGGUCGGAUAAAUGGAAUGUGGACAUUGACUGGUUGAUAGCGGUUGUUCCACCCUCCUCAAAACCAUUUCGGGAGAAAUCGAUGGCUUUUUCGUCGAUCCCGCUAGUACCAUCAACUACCAAGGCAUUCCUAUGGAGACGAUGCACAAAAACUUCCGAGGAGAAUGCAUCUACCAAGCAGAAGUGGAUGUUCAUUUCCCUCAGUUGACUGUUGGCCAAACUCUGUUGUUUGCUGCAUAUGCAAGAGGUCAGUUGGAACCUUCGCUUGACCGGAUGAGCUCAACUAAUCAUACCAGCUCCCCGAAAUCGAGUACCUGGUGUCUCCAGACAACAGUAUGCUGAGCAUAUGCGCGAUGUUAUCAUGGCAGUCUUUGGACUGAGCCAUACCAUCAACACCAAAGUCGGUAACGAUUUCAUUCGUGGUGUCUCUGGCGGAGAGAGAAAACGUGUAAGUAUUGCGGAAGUCGCCCUUGGAGCCUCACCGUUACAAGCAUGGGACAACUCCACUCGAGGUCUGGAUAGUGCUACGGCUCUCGAGUUUGUGAGGACUCUACGAUUAUCAACUGAAAUGCUGGGUUCGGCUGCCGCGGUCGCCAUCUACCAAGCUUCUCAACCCAUCUACGACGUCUUCAACAAAGUAGCAGUCCUCUACGAGGGCCGACAGAUUUAUUUCGGAAAUAUUCAUGCAGCAAAGACGUUUUUUGUCAACAUGGGGUUUGAGUGUCCCUUGCGGCAAACCACUGCCGAUUUUCUCACCUCGCUUACCAGUCCGGCGGAGCGUGUUGUGCGACCAGGGUUUGAAGGCCAAACACCUUACACACCCGACGAGUUCGCUGCUGCGUGGCACAAGAGUGAAGACAGAGCUCAGCUCAUGCGCGAGAUCGAAGAAUUUGAACAGCAGUACCCCAUCGGAGGUGGCCAUUUGGAGGAGUUUAAAACUGCUCGUAGAGGUAAACAUCCUCUACCUCCAUUUUUUUUUAAACAACAUUCUAAUCAGCCCCUUUAGCUGCGCAAGCGAAAUCCCAACGUGACAGCUCUCCAUAUAUGCUGUCGGUUGUUGAUCAGGUCAAGCUUUGCACGUGGAGAAGUUGGCUGAGGCUUCGUGGCGACGCCACCCUCUUUUUUACUGGACUGUUCGGUCAAGGUGCUCUGGCCUUGAUUAUCAGUAGUGUCUUUUACAACAUGCCAAAUAACACGACGAAGCUCUUCAGUCGUGGCGCCCUCUUGUUCUUCUCUAUUCUAAUGGCCGCUUUCCAAAGCUUCUUGGAAAUUUUGACUUUGUAUGCUCAACGACCGAUCGUUGAGAAACAAUCCAAAUAUGCAUUCUAUCACCCGUUUUCAGAAGCUAUCGGUACGUCUCUCGCGAAAAUACCCUUAUUCGUGUUCUAAACUUCCAUAGCGUCUAUGAUCAUGGACUUACCGAAUAAAAUUGGAACUACUAUCAUUUUCGAUCUGGUGGUAUAUUUCAUGACGAACCUUCGAAGGACGCCGGAAAACUUUUUCAUCUUCUUCUUGUUCACGUUUGUGUGUACAUUGACGAUGUCCAUGUACUUCCGCUUUAUAGGUGCUGUAUCCAGAACUUUGGCACAGGUAUGUUCUCCACUUUACAUGUGAUGACUUCAUCUAACAUACGUAGGCAAUGGCCCCGGCUGCUAUUUUCAUUCUUGCCUUGGUAAUUUAUACUGGUUUUGCCAUACCUAUUUCAAGUAUGCACCCAUGGUUUAGAUGGAUCAAUUACAUCGACCCUGUUUCGUACGCAUUUGAAGCACUCAUGCUUAACGAAUUUCACAACUUGAGAAUCCCGUGCUCUCAGUUCGUCCCUGCUGGUCCCGGAUAUGACCUUGUCUCGUCAUCACAGAAAAUUUGUGCUGCUACCGGUUCAUUGGCAGGUCAAGACUUUGUGGAUGGAGAUACGUUCCUGCGUGUUAAUUAUCGAUAUGAGUACUCUCAUCUUUGGAGAAAUCUUGGUAUCAUGUUUGCCCUCAUGGCCUUCGGAUGCGUUGUCUACCUCACUGCAACGGAGUUCAUCUCUGCUCAAAAAUCCAAAGGCGAAGUUCUUCUCUUUCAAAGAAAGAACAUGUCAAAAGCCGCAGCAGUUACCGAUGAAGAAUCCCAAGUUGAACACACCCCCGUUCAACUUGCUCGGACAAAAACGACACCAGAUGCCCCUCCAAGUAUUCAAAAGCAAACUGCUGUCUUCCAUUGGGACGAUGUUUGCUACGAUAUCAAAAUCAUCAAGGAAGACCGCAGAUUGUUGAAUCACGUUGAUGGAUGGGUCAAGCCUGGUACUCUGACGGCACUAAUGGGUGUCUCUGGUGCUGGAAAAACAACUCUACUGGAUGUUCUCGCAAGUCGUGUCACGAUGGGUGUUGUGACAGGAGAAAUGCUUGUCGAUGGCCGUCAAAGAAAUGCUGGUUUCCAACGCAAGACAGGAUAUGUACAACAACAGGAUCUUCACUUGGCCACCUCAACUGUUAGAGAGGCUCUGAGAUUUAGUGCUAUCCUACGUCAGCCCAAGACUACCCCAUACGUUGAAAAGAUUGCCUACGUUGACGAAGUUAUCAAGGUUCUAGAAAUGGAGAAAUAUGCCGAUGCAAUCGUUGGAGUUCCAGGAGAAGGUCUCAAUGUAGAGCAACGUAAGCGUUUGACCAUUGGAGUUGAACUUGCCGCCAAGCCUGCCCUACUUCUCUUCCUCGACGAGCCAACAUCUGGUCUUGACAGCCAAACAGCUUGGUCUAUUUGCGAUCUGCUUCGAAAGCUGGCCGAUAACGGACAGGCAAUUCUCUGCACGAUCCAUCAACCUUCCGCUAUCCUCUUCCAGGAAUUUGAUCGUCUCCUUUUCCUCGCUAAGGGCGGUAAGACUGUCUACUUCGGAGAAAUCGGUGAAAACUCAAAGGUCCUGACGGAUUACUUUGAGCGAAAUGGCUCAAGAAAAUUCUCUCUCGACGAAAACCCAGCGGAAGUCAUGCUUGAAGUUAUUGGAGCAGCACCUGGCUCUGAUACCAGUAUCGACUGGCCCGAGGUCUGGAGCAACUCUCCUGAACGUGAAGAAGUGAAGCGAACACUUGCCGAGCUCAAACAAACCCUAUCUCAGAAACCAGUUGAAGAUGAUCCAACAGCGCUCGAUGCUUACGCUGCCCCUUUCUCUGUACAAAUGUGGGCCGUUCUCACUCGUGUGUUUGCGCAGUACUGGCGAACACCUUCAUACUUAUACUCGAAGACCUUGCUCUGCGUUUGCACUGGUCUAUUCAUUGGUUUCUCUUUCUGGGAUGCUCCAACGUCGUUGCAAGGAAUGCAGAAUCAGCUUUUUGCCAUUUUCAUGUUGUUGACUGUCUUUGGUAACUUGGUCCAACAAAUCAUGCCACUCUUCGUUGUUCAACGUUCUCUUUACGAGGUUCGAGAACGUCCAUCUAAAACCUAUUCUUGGCAGGUGUUUAUAAUCUCCAACCUUUUUGUCGAGAUUCCUUGGAAUACACUGAUGGGUGUACUCAUUUUCUUCACCUGGUACUAUCCUAUUGGUCUUCAAAGAAACGCCGUUCCUACAGAUGCCGUUGCUGAACGUGGGGGUUUGAUGUUCAUGUUUAUCCUCGAGUUUUUGCUUUUCACGUCAACAUUUACGACUAUGAUCAUCGCAGGUAUUGAAACAGCCGAGGCGGGAGGAAAUUUGGCUCAGCUCUUGUUCUCCCUGACCCUUAUUUUCAACGGGUAAGUAGCGCUCAUAUUCCCGCAUUCCCUUUCCUAGUAUACUAAUAAGAGUACAGUGUUCUCGCAUCUCCAUCCCAAUUCCCACGUUUCUGGAUCUUCAUGUACCGUGUCUCGCCCUUCACGUAUUUGGUCGGUGGUGUGCUGUCUACGGGUAUGGCCAACGCCGAUGUCAAUUGCGCGACACAAGAAUUUCUUCAUUUCGACCCCCCAAGUGGUCAACAAUGCUGGCAAUACCUCGAUCCAUAUAUCCGCGGCAACUCAACACUUGGCGUCCCACCCGCGGGGGGAUAUCUCACUCCGGAAACCCUGAACGCCACGAGUGAUUGCACCUUCUGCACGCUUGCCGAUACCAACGCUUUCCUCGCCAACGUCAACAUCUUCUACAGUGAGCGAUGGAGAAAUUUUGGGAUCGUGUGGGUGUACAUCAUCUUCAACGCUGUUAUGGCCGUCUUCCUGUACUGGCUGGCGAGAGUACCAAAAAUCCCGAAGAAGAAGGUUAAGACGGAUUAGACGGAACCGAUUAGACACUAGUCUUCUCACUCUCUUAGACGGAUGAUUGUUUUUCAGCGAUUUUCUUUUUGGGAGCGUGUAUCAUUAUUGGACUCAUUUCUUGGGCAGGAGUUUCCGGAACGGUUCACAGAAGCAUGAUUUUGCUCUUCUUUCAAUGUUUUAUUGACGGACGAUUAAAUCUUUAGACUGGGGGGUUGGUUGGUGGGUCAGGGCUAGAUGGAUGCCGUGUCGAGGCCAUUUUCUGGUUUCUUGGCUGUAUGAUUUUGUGGGCAAUGUGAUGAUAAUAGAAUUGGGAUACCUAGUUGGCAUUUUUUGGGCGAAGCGAGCGAGCGAGUUACGAUCCAUGGAUUUGUUAAUAGAGAAUAGUAGAGGUGGUUAAUAGAUAAAGGGGAUGAAUCAUGAC